AUGUCUUCAAUCUGGAGCGGCUGGUCCGCCACACUAGAGCCGCAGCAGUCAGCUCUUGGCCUGCUCUUUGUAGUCCUCUCCUUGACACUCGCCUAUGUCUCCAUACCAGGACGCCACGACCACCUCCCCUACAUCAACCGGCCCCCAAAGUGGGAUUUCCUUGGCCAGAAGACCAAACAACAUUUCGUCAGCAAUGCCCGAAGUCUGAUGGCCAAUGCUCGGGAGGCCUUCAAAGGCAAGCCCUACCGAAUGUUCACCGACUUGGGGGAUCUCAUUGUCAUUCCGGCGCAACACGCCGACGAGAUUCGCAAUGAGCGUUCUCUAAACUUCCUCGAUGCCUUUGUGGAUAAUUUCACCCCAACAUUCCCGGAUCACCAAGAUGCUAAGUACGUCUUCAACACCCCGCCUGAGCUUCUAUUGCUUACUCAACGUCAUUAUCAAGAUGAGAUUACUGCACCACUGUCGCUGGAAGCUGACUUUGCUACGCGCCUGAUUCUCGGAACUUCGACAGAAUGGCGAGAGGUUCCGCUUCAAGAAGCGCUUCUGAACCUUGUGGCCCGUCUGUCCUCUCGUGUGUUUCUUGGCGAUGAACUCUGCCGAAACGAUGCCUGGAUUACAAUCACUGGUUCUUACAGCAUCAAUACCUUUUCGGCCGCAGAAAUUCUUCGGCAGUACCCUUAUUAUCUUCGUCACAUCGCCUGCUACUUCAUUCCGCAGUGUCGACUACUCAAAGAACAAGUUGCAGAGGCACGACGAGUUCUGAACCCGGUACUGGAGAAGCGAGAAUGGGAGAGAAAGACGGCAUUGGCUGAAGGGAGGACUGAACCUUCCUACAAAGACGCGAUUCAAUGGGUCAUGGAAGAGUCUCAGGGCAGUCCUUUUGACCCAGUCGGAGCUCAACUUGGCCUCUCUGUUGUGGCUAUUCACACCACUACUGACCUAGCAACGGAAACGAUGCUGCGACUGAUGGUCAGACCACAGUUGAUGGAGGAUGUCCGUGCUGAGAUUGUGACAGUCCUCCGGAAAGAGGGUUGGACUAAGUCUGCUUUGUUUAACAUGAAGUUGCUUGACAGUGUCAUCAAGGAGGCGCAGAGACUCAAGCCGACAACUUCUGCGACGAUGAAUCGGAAAGCAACUAGCCAAGUCAAGCUUCCUGGAGGAUUGGUCCUCGAGAAGGGAGACCGCUGCAUGGCGGAUCUAGGCUCGAUGGUGGACCCCAACGUGUAUCCAGAUCCUCUUGAGUUUGACGGGUAUCGAUUCUUCCGAAUGCGUGGAGACCCCAAGAUGGAUAGCAAGUCUCAUCUGGUGAGCACAUCGGUGUCACACAUGGGAUUUGGCCACGGUUUGCACGCGUGUCCUGGGAGAUUUUUUGCCUCCAACGAGGUCAAGGUUCUCUUAUGUCACUUGCUGCAAAAAUACGACUGGAAGCUGGACAGCGGAUUUGAACACACGAUUCACGAGUUCAGUCUCUCCUUAUCGUCGGGUAGUACGAAGGCUAUUGUAGCGAGGCGACAGAAUACGGGGAUUGACAUUGACGCAUUGUGA